GUUAUUUCCAAGAAUUUCAAGUCCCACAGUCAGUCGCCUAAAAAUCAACAAACCCAAAACAUCUAAAAGAAAAACAAAUAAUUUUGUAUUUUUCAAUAAAUACUGUAUUAUUUCGAUUGUAAAACGUAAUGUUUUUAUGUUUAUGAGUUGGCCCCUUUUUGUACUCGAAGCAAAAUGUAUUUUGACAACACUGGGCUAGCAGUCGUUGGCCCUUCAGAACCACCUCUGGUAGGUAUGGACACUGAGUACAUACAAACCCAGUGCCUUUUGGCAGAUGGUGGGGACAGAUUUGGCGUGUCCUCUUUAACUUUUGAUAGACACGAAGAACUGGUAUGGAUGGGCAACCAAGGGGGUCACGUGACUUCAUACUACACAGGGUCAAUGUCGAAAUACACUUCGUUUCAAAUUCACGCUCACGAAGAAGUCAGGCAAAUUUUGACUAUGGACGAAGGCCUACUGGCAUUGACUGCCAACAGUCUUAGGUGUCAAAUUCGAAGGGGAAUUCCUGUAUACACUCAUGUGUCUUCAAAUAUGAGCGACAUGCAAUGCAUGCUCCAACUGUCCCCUUCAAGAUUACUUAUUGGAGGUCACAGGGAUAAACUUAUAGAUUUUAAUUUGCAAAUUUGUAAAGAAACGCAAGUGGUUGAUGUCUAUGAGGGUGGGUCUGUAAUGCUACGCCCUCAUAGCCGUUAUGUGUGUUGUGGUAGUCCAACUGGCUCAGUAGAACUCAGAGAUCCCAAUAGUUUACGUAUGGAACAUAUAAUUGAGACUCACCCGGGCAGUUUAAGUGAUUUCGAUGUCCAAGGGAACUUAUUAGUUACUUGCGGCUUUAGCAAUAGGUUGGGUAGUUUGGCUGUAGACAGAUUUUUAAAGGCCUACGAUUUGCGUAUGCUUCGCGGCGUAUCUCCCAUGCAAACCGUACUUGAUCCGUUGUAUUUGAGAUUUAUGCCUUCAAUGACUUCGAGAUUGGUGGUUGUAUCUGCUGCUGGACAAGUACAACUUUUGGACACCAUAGCUUUGGCUGAACCCAAAAUAUGUUUGCUUCAAAUCGAAUGUCCAGCAUCUAUGGUUUUAUCUUUUGACGUCAGUUCAUCGAUUCAAGCGAUGGCUUUUGGAGACAGCGGUGGCCAGAUUCAUUUAUUUUCAAGCACAGAAGAGCCGAUUUUCAACAGUUAUUCCAGGCAGACUGAAUUCCCAGAUCCUGUAACUCAGUAUCCUAGUUUUGCCAUAGAUGAUUACAGCACACCACUGUCUUCGAUUCCCAUGCCUUAUGUGUCGCCUGACGUUUCUCUGGCUUCUGAUUGGCCGGCUCAUUUGAUUCAGUAUGCUUAUAGGAAACCUCCAGGUAUUGAUGCGGAAAUUUUACGUACAAUGAAGAUGCAAGGGCCAAUAGGAUAUGCGCCGAAUCCGAAGCAUAUGCGCAGAAACCAAGUUCCUUAUGACCUACUAGGUCAAAACGGUUACAUCCAAAACUCCUACUCACACAAAAGCCCGCAACACCAAGAAGGCGAAACCAAUUUUAUUGCAAUUCCAAAACGAUACAGAAAAGUCGAUGUAAAGUACAACAAAUUAGGACACGACGAAUUUCAGUUUGAUAAUUAUAAUAAAACGGGCCUUGCCGGAUUGGAAGCUGUGUUGCCUAAUGCUUACUGUAAUGCCCUUUUACAAGUCCUCUAUUAUAUUGAACCAUUACGUGCUGCUUUAUUAUCCCACUUGUGCAACAAAGAAUUUUGCUUGUCUUGUGAAUUAGGUUUUUUGUUUCACAUGCUAGCCAAUAGUCCUCCCUCUCAACCAUGUCAACCUGGUAACUUUUUGAGGGCCUUUCGUACUGUACCCGAAGCUUCAGCUUUGAGCUUAAUUCUAAGCGAUUUGGCUCCGGAAGCUAAACACAAAACCGAUUUGGGUGCGCUGAUACAAAGCUGGAACCGGUUCAUGUUGCACCAAAUGCACUUGGAACUCAACGAGACAAGGAAAAGGAACGAGGAGAAAAAAGGUAGAAAUUAUAAGCCGUUUAUUUAUAAGGAAAUUGAUUUUCCUGCUAUAUCCAAGGAACGAACUAGGAAACAUUCAGCUGCUGAAGUAUCCAAUGAAAUCGAAGAAGAAAGGCGCGAAGAUGUUUCAGAUAUUAGUCAAAUAUUUGGUAUAAAACAAAUGCACAAACACUCUUGUCUCAAAUGUGCAGAAGAUGUUAAUAAAGGAUCGAUUUUGCUGGCUUGCAAUUUGGUUUAUCCCACCAGCGAACCUGAGCGAGACGAAUGGACUUUUUGCGACAUUCUGAGACGCUCUUUGUGCCCCCAACAAACCACGCCUGCUUGGUGCGACGGCUGCGCCAGAUUUACACCAACUUCCCAAAGUAGAGUAAUAGAGUCUUUGCCAAAAGUACUCUCCAUUAAUACUGGCCUGCAAAGUUCCCAACAUAAACAGUUUUGGCAAACGCAAAUGGACAAGGUUGUUGCGAAAAUUUCCAGCACAGAGAUUUCCAAUAAGCCUGCAACUCCUACAACCACCCCUACUAACACGCCUUCGUCGAAACCUUGUCGUUAUGGCGAUCAUUGUUCGCGUCCAGGUUGUAGAUUCCGGCACAGUUUUGAUAAUACACCCCCACCGGUGCCAGUGAACAACCCUUAUUGCAGCAACAAUUGGUUGCCACACAACAUUAAGAUGUCCAUUUCCGAUUCAAAGUUGGAAAUUGUUAAGAUGGAUGCUGGUAGUGAACCGAAAAAUGGUACCCCAGAAGAAGUCGAACUCGACCAAGAUGACACACAAACUAAAAACUCGAAUGGUGCUAUAAUACAGGAAAGCAAAGAGUACGAACUUUCCGCUGUAGUUUGUUACGUAAACGAUCAAAACACUUCUGAUAAAAAGAAUCUUGUUGCCCUAAUCAAAGUACCAGAUUUGUAUUUGAAAAACAAGGAAGUCAACGAACAUAAGUGGUAUUUGUUUAAUGAUUUUAGUAUUUGUCCAGUCCCUGCACAAGAAGCAGUUUGGUUCAGUUUAGACUGGAAAAUCCCAUGCGUAUUAUUUUACUCUUGCACUGAUCUAGCUGAAGCGAAAACUGAAAUUUAUCAUCCCUUGUCAAGAGAAGUUUUCAAUGAGGAUAACUGCCUUGCCAGAUCGGGUGGUACUAGAGGCAUCACUUUCACACCUCUAAACGACAACGAAGUACUAAAAGCUGGAGAUUUGGUUGCAAUGGAUGCUGAAUUUGUCACAUUGAAUCAGGAGGAAGCCGAAUUGCGCAGCGAUGGUAAAAUGUCCACUGUUAAGCCUUCUCAGAUGUCUGUAGCAAGGAUAACUUGUAUUAGAGGUCAAGGUGCUGGUGAAGGUAGUCCUUUUAUAGACGAUUACAUUUCCACUCAGGAACAAGUAGUAGAUUAUCUCACUAAGUUUUCCGGAAUUAAACCAGGAGAUUUGGACGCCAACUUUAGCUCGAAACAUUUGACCACUCUAAAGUCAACUUAUAUUAAGUUGAGAUUUUUACAAGACAGUGGCGUUGUGUUUGUAGGGCAUGGACUGAAAAACGAUUUCAGAGUAAUCAACUUAGUAGUCCCAUCCGAUCAAAUUGUAGACACUGUCCAAUUGUUCCAUUUAAGGCAUCACCGUAUGGUUUCCUUAAGAUUCUUAGCUUGGCACUUUUUAGGUAUAAAAAUUCAAUCAGAAACACACGAUUCUAUUGAAGAUGCCAGAGCAGCGUUGCAACUUUACAAAAAAUACUUGGAGUUGGAAGAAUUGGACAAAGUUGGCGAGGCUCUGGCCGAAUUGUACGAGGUGGGCGAGCAAUUGAAAUGGAAAGUGCCGGCAGAAUAAUUUUUAAUAAAAUGAUAAUAUGGCGGAGGCAAAAUUGACUGAAACAAACCGGGCGUAAAAGCAAAAUUGUAUUGUAUUGUUUUGUUUAGUUUUUUUUUCUUCAAUUUUCAUUGGUUUGUUUUAUCAGUUUUGAAGCCAGCCCCCCUACUUUGAGUGAAUGUAACAAAAAAUUGAUCAAAAUAAAUUUUAAAUUAAC